AUGGUGCUUCUAUUGCAAACGACAAAGUUUCCGGUGUUGGUCUAUCGUGGUCUGCUCCUCUUUUUUCUGGGCAUAUGUUUUUGUUGGGUUUCCGAAGCACUACACAACAUAAAGGGGGAAUUUACGGCUUCUAAGAUUUCAUUUUACACAGAAAGUGCUGCGAAAUUUUGGAUAUCUUUCUGUUGUGGCGUUGCCUCAGUCACAGUAGGGCUUUUAUCUCCAUGUGUUGACUCUAAACUUGGUGCUUUCGAUGCUUAUAAUAAGGAGUGGUCAUCGGUUCUGCGGUGUGCUGCUCUGUUCUUCGGUUUUAGCCAUGCAACCGCUAGAAUAGAUUUCGCCACAUAUUCACAGCUAUCACUAACAGCAAUUGGACUAUCAAUUGCACUGUGGUGGGUAUUUGACAGAUCUCUUGUUGGAUUUGUCUUUGGAAUGGCAGUCGCAUUGCUUGCUACAUUUAUUUUUCAAUCAUUUGUUUGGAAGCAGCUCUACAGAUAUUCUCACCCCAUGAUGGCUGCUUGGUUGCCUUGUCUUUUCUUCUCGGGUGGUGUCGUUAUUGUCCUGGUUGGCCGACAAUUAGCGAAACCUGAUGUUAUGGAGCUGAUGCAAAGGAAAGUCAAAUAA